AUGUAAAACAGCCAAAUGUAAAUAAAGAGACAAAAACCCCAAAUUGAUUUAAAUGAAACCAAUUAGUCAUUAAGUAAUUAGUAUAAUUGGGUAAUGAUGUGUGUGUGUAUGUCUUUCAGGAGUGGAUGAAGGGGGCGGAGUCUCAGCUCCUCAUGAAGGUUAGAAGGACACGCCUUUAACUUUGGAGACAGUCAGUGUCAGUGCAGUCAGUGGCACGUGUGAAGAAGAAGAGCUUCUCCUCAGCUGCUCACGUCGUCAGAGCACUGAGCUCCACCGUCACCUCGUUCUGUUUGGUGCAAAUCACACAUUCACCGUCGAGCUCAGUGUGUGUGUGUGUUGAGUCUGGAGGAGGCAGAGAGAGGGAGGGAGAGAGAGAGAGAGCGAGAGGAUCCACCUGCCGGAGAGCAGAGACACACCUCGGCAUGGACGCGCUGAAAUCCGCCGGCAGAGCCAUCAUCAAGAGCCCGGGAGUUCCGCGCCACACAUGGGGAACUUCAAAGCACGAAAAGCUGCCAGAGAACUGGACCGACACCAAGGAGACUUUGUUGGAGGGGAUGGUGUUCAAUGUGAAGUACCUUGGUAUGACACUGGUGGGCCAGCCUAAAGGAGAGGACAUGGCGUCCGCUGCCAUUCAUAGAAUUGUCACCACGGCCAGAGCCAGCGCUAAGAAGUUUCGCAAAGUCACACUGACGGUGUCACCCAAAGGCAUCGUCAUCACAGACACGGAGACUACAGACCUCAUCGAGAACGUUUCCAUAUACAGAAUCUCUUACUGCACGGCAGAUAAAACUCAGGACAAGGUCUUUGCUUACGUCUCGCAGAGUCAAUUUAAUGAGACGUUGGAGUGCCAUGCGUUUCUCUGCCAGAAGAAAAAGAUUGCUCAGGCUGUGACAUUAACGGUGGCCCAGGCAUUUAAAGUAGCUCUAGAUCUUUGGGAGGUUGCUCAGGAAGGCAAAAAUAAGAAGGUUAAGACUUGCUGUUCCUGUGCAGCAGGCAACACACAGACGGAGACGACAGACACUCGCUGUCUUCCAGCAGAGGAACACAAGCCUGCUGGGAUGGAAGAGAAACCCCGGAGGCCGUUCUUCUCUGCCUCAAUCAGCUUGCCCUCACCUCGCAGCAACCCCACGCGAAGGCGACCAAUCAAACAUGACUCCUGGGACGUGGAGGAUGGACUCGAUGACACGUUCUCAAGCAACAUGGAAGUAGAGAUGGAAACUGAUUGGCCUAAUCCUGCUCCAAACCCAUCCCUGACGAUGCAGCUCUGAGUUCCCAGGACGUCUCCACUAAUGAUCGGUUGUCUGUCUGCAAUAAUGAGUUUGAAUAACACAGCCCGGCAAUAACUGCUAAGUUACACGGCAGAAAAUCAUUUGAAUUAAGAGGAAAACACAACACACCUAAUAACAGAGAGGCUGUUUGAGAUUCUGGCUGCUUCAGAAAAUUAAAGAAAUUGACCACCCAUUAACACACACUCUUAAAUUACCCUCUACAGCCAUAUUCUCAUGUUCCCAUGCUGCCAGAUUAAAGGUGGCACAUGCAAUGUGUUCUCAAACUGUGGUACAUGUACCACCAUUGGUACGUGAGGUUCCUCUGGUGGUACUUGCAGGAAAAUCGGAAAUACUGUUCUAGUGUAUACACCAGGGUAUGUGAUCGGAGUGGAGCUGAGGAAUUCUGACCAGAGUCACCUCAUCUCUCGCUCUGUCUUAAUCUAAUUUCAGUGUGUGAAGUAUAUGUGAGGAAGAGGAGAGGGUAAAUUAUCGUAUUGGGAUUAAAUCUACUUCCUGUGAAAAGUCCGUAGCUGACUUUGCUCGACCUAUUAACACCGCUGUAUUUUAACGUUGGUGAUAAUGGGGUUACUGCGAGAACUCGAUAUUUUCACAAGUGGUACUUGUGAAAAUAAAAUGUUUGAGAACCACUGGUGUCAUGUGUCUGCAUGGCGAGAGAAAAAUUAUAUAUUUUAGAAGAUCAUAAGAUGAAUAUUGGAGCUAUAACUAUAGCUUAACUGACAUUAACCCACAGAAUGUUUAAAAAAAACACACAAAUCAUUGGAAAAUUAGAGGUCAUUCAGAAAUAGUGGAAAUAAAUAUGUUAUCUCAACAAAAAGUAAAGGCCAUUUGUAUCAAAAUGAGCUACUAGUAGCUCAUUUCUAGUGCUAGUCUUCUGCUCAUUGAGACAGGUGAACAGAAACGACAUCCAAGAACCGAAGCAGGUCGUUAUACUGAUAUUGUAAAUUUCUGAUAAAGGUUUUAAAAAGUCCAGAUAUGUUUUUUAUAUACAGUAUACAAGGCCGUCAUUGCUCUCUGAAAAUGUGAAUAUGAUCUGAUCUCGUUUGUUUGGUUGGUGGAGAAGUGGCUGCCAUGUGUUUAAAAAAAAAACAACUUUUUGUUAUACUGACUAAAUAGCAUUGUACAUACAGGUUUUCUGCUGAAUGAACCACCCUUUUUGGACAACAAAGAAAGCAUGUAUGAUGGUAAUUUAGACACACUGUAUCCAUGUGUUGCUUUUUAACAGACGGCAAUCGGCACCAGAAAAGGAUGAUCAAUUGUACAUAAGUUCAGUGUAUCUUGGCCAGAUGUUCCCAAACACAAGAUCCAGAUCCUCCUAUUAGACACUCUACCUGCAUGGUACAAGCAAUAUUUUUGUAACUCCGUCUGUAUUAAGUGAUGUCCAAGUGAUGAUGUAACCGUGAUGAUGUCACAACGACACAGAAGACUGAUUUAUAGCAGUUUUCACAAGCUUACAGUACGAAUCAUGAUGAGAGUAAACUGAACUCUAUGUGUGUAGUCAGUGGAAUGCCACUUGAAGGCAUUUGGUUUGUUUUUGAUUACAUUUAAAACGCACAAACUUAUGGCUUUCUGUCAGGGUCCGCAGCAUGUGUAUAUAUAAAGAAACCACCAUUUUUUUUUCACUCAACACCGUAACUGUACAUCAUUCCUUUUAACAGCGCUGUUCAAUAUGACUCAUGUAAUGACUUUAUUUCCAUUCAUUCAGCUGCCACAGUCCGUGAAGUAGCUGUUGCCAUUCAGUGAGAAUUGAAGUAAGAUUAUGAGGAGGAGAACAGUGAGGCAAGGCCAGAAUAAAGAACAAUAGAAUAAAGAA